AUGAAUUCAGAUACCAGACGCAUACAAAGCCACCACCCACAUCGGGCCCCCGGCCAUCCCAAGAACUAUUAUCACGCCUACCCAGCUGAUCGCCAACUCCGGGACUACGUAACCAGCCCGACUAUUAUCGUCUCCGUCAUCCUCCUCUUCUUAUCCGCCCUUUAUCAACUAUUAUUCAGCGAUCGGAACACUCGUACACGCUUAAAGAACAUUAUCUGGGCCCGCGUGGUCGAUAUCAUUCCGGCCACUCUACUCUUCAAAGUCGACGGCUUCCUCAACCCGCCACUGUUCCCCAGGCCUAUGACGCCCGCAGAAAUAGACAACUCGCAUGAAGCCAAAAGUCAAGCUCUGGGAAGGAUAUUGGGUCUGGACAAGCCAGGAGGCGUCAUGGAAUCCGUGACUUCGGCUGGGCUCAAGGGCCUCAGCACCUUGUCCAGCGUUGGCUGGAACUUCAAAAACAGCACUUCAGAUCGUCCGGCAGGAUUAGGGAACAAUGACAACUCAUGCUACCAGAACAGCAUUCUCCAGGGCCUUGCUUCGCUCCAGGGCUUGCCCGAGUACCUGGCCCGGGUAUCUCAGCUGGGUAGCAACGCCAAGUCGACGAUGCCGACCACGCAAGCAAUGGCUGGGCUCAUCGCAACACUCAACGACAAAGCCAACUAUGGGCGAUCUGUGUGGCCACCCAAUGUACUCAAGAACAUGAGCACGUGGCAGCAGCAAGACGCGCAAGAGUACUUUUCAAAGCUGCUGGACCAAAUCGACAGGGAGGUGGCCAAGGCUACAGCAACCUACAAGAAGUCCUUGGCAUAUGACGGCGAUCUACCGCAGGACGACGGCGUAAGCAGCCACCACAGUGAUGAUAGCGGCUACCAUAGCUCCAGUCAAAGUUCAUCUGUUCCCGACAUUCAGCUGUCUAGGAAUCCACUCGAGGGGCUCAUUGCCCAGAGGGUAGUUUGUGUUAAGUGCAAUCACUUUGAAGGGCUGACAAUGAUCCCCUUCAAUUGUUUGACUCUUAACCUUGGCUCUGGACAACUUGGCUAUGACCUUUACGAGAGGCUGGACUACAAUGCCCGGGUUGAGUUUAUCGAAGGCGUUCACUGUCCCAGGUGCUCACUGCUCAAGAUGCAACAGAAGAUCAAGGGUCUGAUAGGGAUGGUCGCAACCGACGAGGCCAGAGUUUCGGAGUUUCGUGAGAGGUUAGCCGCGGUAGAAGAGGCGCUUGAAGAAGAUAUGCUUGACGACAAGACGCUAGCUGAGAAGUGCAAGGUUCCGGCUAAACAGCGAGUUGAGUCGACCAAGACAAAGCAGACGGCAAUUUCUCGGCCACCCAAGAGCUUGGUUAUUCACAUCAACCGGUCCGUCUUUGACGAGAGGACAGGCUACAUGUACAAGGACAGUUCCGCUGUCAGGUUUCCCAGCAUACUUGAUCUAGGACCUUGGUGCCUCGGAAGCGCGAAGAAGCGGGCUGAUCUGGAAGGUUCAAACGGUGUCCUUCCGAGCUCGACCAGUAAUGGCGAGCAAACGGCUGAAGAUGAGGAGAAAUGGAAUGUUGAGCCGACGGCCUCCAUGGUGGCGGGCUCCCAACGCCCAUCCGCCCUAAGCGGGCCACUCUAUGAAUUACGCGCCGUUGUCACGCACCAGGGACGGCACGAUAGUGGCCACUAUGUCUGCUACAGGAAGCAUUAUGUCAGCCCUCCUGAGAAGGAAAACCAGCCUGAGGCACCGCCGCCACAGCUUCCAAAUACCACGGACGAAGAAGACGCCCCAACUCCUAGCUCGGAAGAUGACGAGAAGACACUCAUGCGCGAGGACGAAGAGGAAGCCACCUCGCAAUGGUGGCGACUUAGCGACACCGACGUCUUUAAGGUAGAUGAGGAGAAUGUGCUUGAAAGAGGGGACGUCUUUAUGUUGUUCUAUGAGUGUGUCGAACCGGAAAUGGUACGGAUACCAGAACGGGAAGUAACAAGGACCCUAUCUCCUCAAGCCGAACUUGGCAACCAUGUCGAUGACCAGUCAGAAUCGGUCACGCUGGUUGGGUCAGAGAAACCGGAGGAUGUGGAGAUGGUCAAGGCCGAGGCUCCGGAGGCUGGGAAGGAUAUGACAACACCGACUGGGACGGUGGCGGGUCAAUCGCCGGACACAAAGGUCCAGGUCCAGCAUGCGGACUCGGUUGCGGCAUCGGGGGGCAUGGAGCAGGUUGAUUAGGACUUGGCCUACCUGUACACAAACUCGGCUCCGAUUUAUUUGUCCUCGGGUCCUUUGAGCCGGUGGCGUUAUAAGCGGGGGUAUGGCAUCGUGAGGAAGACUUGUCCG